AGGGGGCGGAGUUGAUGCCACAAACAUCAGCUAAAAUUUUCCAGGUUGAAGUCGUGUUUCUAUAUUGUCUCCGUAGUAUCUGUCCUCACGCCAUCUCUUUUCUUCUGUUCAAUCUUCCUUAGUUCGUCACUUUCCCCAGAAAAGCUAGAUAGCCGUGUUUUGCCACAGUCUUCUGCCUGUUAGCCUUCAGAAACGCAACAACAACGAUGGCAAGCGGGGACGUCCUCUCACCUGAAGUGGAAGUUUUCCAACAAAAUGGCGAGGUCGAAGGGGAGGUGGAUGGGAAUUUCUCCGACUCUCCCGCCGCCUCUCCCAACCUCAACGACCUCCGACCGAAGCUGAAGGCCAAGCGCAGGGCGAAGAGAAGCCCUAGCAAGGAAGACCAGCAGCUGCCAUUGACCAACGGCGUGAAUGUCAGCCAACUGAGUCGAUCCAAGCCGCGAUACGACCGCAAGUCCCGCACAUCCUACGGACGGGGGCUCCCCAAGAAAGGUGGAGCUGGAGGCAAGGGUGUUUGGGGGAAGCCUGGCUGUGAGCUGGACAUUGAUGGGGUCAUUGAUGAGAAGGAUCCCAACUACGACUCAGAUGCUCAGGGUAACUAUGAACUGGAGACCAUUGCUCCGGAGUUGACGCCAGAGGAAGUGGAGAAGACCAUCAAGCCUGUGAUUCAGGAGUACUUUGAACAUGGAGACACAAAUGAAGUUGCAGUGACACUUGGUGAGCUGAACCUUGGGCACAAGAAGCAUGAGAUUGCGACUCACGCUGUGAGCAUGGCCCUUGACAAGCACGACUCUCACCGUGAGAUGACGUCGCGGUUGAUCUCGGACCUGUACGGGAAUAUCCUGAACCAGCAGGAGAUGGCCACUGCCUUCGACUCCAUCCUGGAUGACCUGGCGGACCUGACCCUGGACACUCCUGAUGCUCCACAUGUGGUGGGGUCCUUCAUUGCCAGGGCUGUAGCAGAUGACGUGCUUCCUCCCAAGUAUGUCACUGACUACAAGGGAAGUGGUGAAUCCACGCAAACCAGUGAAGGGUCAAGGCUUUCGGAACAGAUGAUUAAUACUGAUGCGACCCUCCCUCAAGGUGUUCAGGCGGCACUGGACCGUGCCCAUGUGCUGCUGAGUAUGAAACAUGGGAUGGUUCGCCUUGACAAUGUUUGGGGCGUGGGUGGUGGCCAGCGACCUGUCAAAUACCUCAUCAAAAAGGUUAAUGACAUGCUCCUGAGGGAGUACCUGUCCUCCCGGGACAUCCAGGAGGCCACCCGCUGUCUGGUGGAGCUGGAGGUGCCACACUUCCACCAUGAGCUCGUCUAUGAGGCCGUGGUGACUGUGCUGGAGGCAGGGUCGGAACAGGUGGGCACUGCAAUCCUCAUGCUGCUUAAGUCUCUCGCUGAUGCAAUCAUUCUUACCGUGGACCAGAUGGACAGGGGCUUUGACCGUGUGUUUGAGUCCAUGCCUGACAUAGUUCUUGAUGUGCCCAAUGCCCACACAAUCCUGGAGAGGUUCUCUGAGGAGUGCUUCAAGCAGGGAGUCAUCAACAGUCGCACCAAGGCCAAGGUGCCCAUCAGGGCCCGCAAGCGCUUCGUCAGCGAGGGUGAUGGUGGCCGCAUCAAGGAGUGAGGGGACCUGGCCCAUGAUUGGCUACACAUCACAUGACCCACAGCAUACUGUUGCCCUCAACUUGAUUGAUAAACCUGUUUAUGAGGGGGCCAAAGUGUAAAAUUUAUGUACUUAUGACAGAAUUGUCCUGGUCUUCUGUGCUGAAACAUCAACUUGUGCUGGUGUCUAUGUACCUUCUCCCUAACCAGUAGAGAAUUGGUAACCAAAUGGCUACUUUAGUGUGCUACAGGUCAACAUGUGCAUGUAACAGUGAUUGUAAGGAUGCCACUGAUAUUUGAAAAGCUGUCAAGAAAGAAUAGAAAGAAUUUUCUGUUAAAAUGAUGCAUUUCCUGGUGCAGUUGUUCUUUAUAGUGUGGCAGUGUAAUGCUUGAUGAUGUUACGUUUGCUGAAGGCCAGGACAAGUAAUGAUGUACAAGACUUGUGAAGACAACAAAGCAACAGUGCUGUCAAUCUUGGCUGAGGGAGAGCUGUACUUGGGUCGUGAGUGCACCAAUUCAAGGCCAAGGGUCAACUUUUGUUGCCUUAAUUGGGAAGAUGUUGUAUGAUGGAAAUAUAUAUAUGUAUAUGGAUGUACCAUGUAUAAAAAAAAGCAAGAAAAAAAGGGCAGCUGAUGUAAGAACAUUAUGUUUUGGUUUCAAUGGUAUUGGUCCAAGACAGGCAUACAAAGAUGUGGUAGAAUAAACAUGGGUUUCUCUAAGAUGUUCAGCAAUGCAUGUAGUUGGCCUCUGGUGCUAUACGAAUCUUUGUCCUAGUACCCCAAAGUAGUAUAGGAAAACUCCAAAAAAAUCAAUAGAUCAAUCUAUAACUCCAGAUGAAAACGUUAAUUUCUCACAAAUUUAGUAGUAGUACUAUAGAGAAACCCAUUCGUUUGGCCACGUAUGUCAUUGUUUGCCUGUCGUUGUAUGCCUGUCAUUGUAUGCCUGGAACAGAAGAAACUGGCCAAUUGUAACCUGUGUUCUGCUUACUAGUAGAGACAUAUCACUGCUGUUUCAUGAUAUAGUCCCACAGUACACGCUAGGUCAGGUGUGUAAAGUCAGUGUAAAAAAAAAAAAGUUCAUUAGAGAAAAAUGCUGACCUAAGCUUGAGAAAUGUUUGUUCACUUCCACAGAACUAACCAUGUUAAACUAUGAAGAGUUGAUUCAGGUUUACUGUGUUGUGGGAUGACAAAUGAGUACCAUACGUGCAUUGAUAUAGUUAUUAUAGUGUACAUGUUCAAGAACUGCAGCGAAUCUGUGCUGUUCUCAUCCCUUUGGGUCAAGGUCUUCACCAAUUGGUUGAUGAUCAGGAGAGAUGUCUAAAUUGAAGUGGUCAAUACCAAAUUUUCAUGCGUCAAAUAAAUCCUGGAGAAAAAUUUGACCUUCCACACAAACAGUGCUAAAUGUUUGGUUGCUACCCGAUUGAUGAAAUUUGAAAAGUGUUCAGUAAGGUGCACAUGACCUGGGUGCCAAUAGUGACUGUGAUCCUUCUCAUCAACCAGUGAAGUAAGGCCAUCUUCUUUAUCUGUGCUUUGUCCACACCUAUGGAUGGUGUCCCCCAAAGAUACUAUUUUACUAGAAUAUAAAGAAUAUGUAAAUGUUGAAGUACAGAGCCAAAUAUAACGGUAAUGUUGCUGGAAGACACUGCUAAGUCGAUAUGUUACCAGAACUACAGGUGACCUGCUGCAGAGAGAUCAGAAGGUGAAGACCACCUACCAGGGCAGAACUGUUGAAAAAAGCUCAAGUAAAUUCAAAGGUGUUGAAGCCCACCUUCAGUUUGACACUGCAUAGUUCAUAUAAUUGAUCUGCACAACAGGUGUGGUUUCCAUGUGAUCUGCUCUGAGCACCUGUAGUGGUAUGAAGGAGAUGUAACUACAUGCAAUGCUGCUUAACAUUGGGAAAGGAUUGGGGCAUCUGUUUAUCUGAAGAAGGGUGAAUGAGAUCUGUGGUACAGUUAGUUAAAAAUGUACGGCAGUACGUUUUGUUCAGUCAGUGCUAACUGUUGAGUUGAUUUUCCAGUACAAGGGGAAAUAUUUUUCGUUCUAAUUCUUUUGUGAGCAUACUAGUUCUUCACAAAUUUUAGGGUUGAGAUUUUUUUGAGUCCAAAAAUACUUGAGCGUGUAUGAGAUGGAUGCAGUGUUCCACUACAGGGCUGUGCCAGAAUGCUUCUGUUCAGAUGUUAUAAAGUGCAAAUAAUGUAAAUGUUCUCUAUGAAGAGAAAGAGGCAAGAUAUGAUGACUGGCAUUUCCAGUACAAAUUUCUUAGGUGGGAAAAUUUCUCAGGCAAGUUGAGCGUGAUAGAUGUACAUGGGUGGUCAGGUGGCACUGUUAGCCAGAGCUUCCAGUCUGACAUUGCUUAAAAGGCUUUCACCUGUAUGACAUAGUAUCAUGUGAUAGAGAACAUACUAAGUAGAAAUCAAGAAGUCAAUAAACUUAAUUGAUGGCCCUAGAUAACAGGGAAGGUUAGCCAAGUUUAUAGAACACAGCUGCUGUUCCUAGUAUGCUGUUCUAAGGUCUGGUUGCCUGCAUUUGCAGUGCUGAUGUUGAUGUAUUGACUAUUGUGCUUUGCCUGCAUUGUGAAGUUUGUAUCACUAGUUCUGUUGGGCCCUGCAAAAUAAAUGAUUUGUUCAUUGGAUAUUUUUCAUCACAGUAUGAAGGCAAGCAUGCCAACUGUUUUCUUGGAACCAAUUAACCGCUACCGGUAGGUCAAAACCUGGCACCAACUUUUUCCUUUACUGGGACUCAAUGAAAGUUAUCUGUGCAACAGACAAAAUCAAUUGCACCAUGUGUAAUGUUUUCUAUAUACCAUAGUAGAGCUAUUCUGUUGAGCAAAUUAUUUACUUUGCCUGGCCUGGCUUGUGGUUAAUACUUUGACAGUACUCAAUUUUGCUGUAUAUAGACCAACCACCAAACCACCCAUGUUUGAAUGUGGAGUCACUGGGGCAGUGUGGGAGGGUGUUCUCCUUUGCACUGUUGUGUAUUCUCUACAUUUCACUUAAUUAAAUAAAACAUUUCCAGAGAUGGC